AUGCCGACGGAAAGUAAAGAUGCCCGCGACGACAGAGACGACGAUGACGACGCCAAAGGAAGCUGCCGAAGCAACCAUGUCGAUUCGAAAGGAGCAGACGACGAUUAUGACGAAGACGACAACAUCGUGACGAAAGUCAUGACGUAUUUCUUCGAGAACCAAGAGUUCAACCAGGCGUUCCAAGACUUUGCCGAGCGGGAAUGCGACGUGUUUGACACAGAGGACGAAGCCGAGAUGAAGCUCGAGUACACCGACGUGUUCAAUCGAUUCACCGCCCUCUUUGAAUCCAAGCUCGAAGUAUUCAUCGAAUCGCAAGGCUCCACCGUCAAGGACUUCUACACUAUCGUGAAGCGCGCGUACGAGAACGACCCAGAGAGCACCCUGGCCGUGUAUUCUCAAAUGCUCGUGUCCGUGUGCGACUUCUCUGUGUUUGUCCUCAUGAUGCGGCGGACGCGGGACGCCAUGAUGCUGCAGGCGGCUCGGAAGUGA